CUCUGUAUACAAACAUACAUACAUAUGUAGGGAGGGACAAUUGCAUUCAUAUAUAGUGGGCUAUCUUAUGCAAUCUAACGCAUUUAAAGUGUUACCCUUGUCUACCCCAUCCAGGAGAAUCCGCUGCGUGACAUUUGGUAUUUCCGAGGACAACCUGAACGCAGCACCAGCGUCGCCGUGUUGCGUUGAAGAGGCUCCCGGGAGAGUUGGACGCGUCAUGUGUGUUAAAUGAGCGGCCUGGGGUGAGUUACACCGCUGCAAAUAUCGCUUAGAUUUAACCGUAGUACCUUCUUUUUUCGUCCCUCAGCAAAUUGGAGAACAUGUCCAGCUAGCCCAAUAACAUUUGUUCUACAAUCCGUGACUUUGCUGUCAUUUAUAAUUUACGAAACCCGCGCACCGACAUCCUUCAUAAAGUUACAGUUAAUUCUUCGAGAAGUUUUUUCUUUUCUUUUACUUUCUGAGCUGCAACCAUGCAGCAGGAGCUUUUGUUCAAAGUCCUGGUCAUCGGUGACCUGGGAGUCGGAAAAACGUCCAUCAUCAAGCGGUACGUGCAUCAGAUCUUCUCCCAGCACUACCGAGCCACCAUCGGCGUGGACUUCGCCCUGAAGGUGCUGCAGUGGGACAGAGACACUGUGGUCCGACUACAGCUGUGGGACAUAGCAGGACAGGAGCGUUAUGGGAACAUGACCCGUGUCUAUUACCGGGAGGCGGUGGGAGCGCUGGUGGUGUUCGACGUGACGAGGGCCUCCACGUUCGACGCCGUGCUGAAGUGGAAGGAGGACCUGGACUCCAAGGUGACCCUGAAUCCUGGCAGGCCGGUCCCAGCUGUGCUCUUGGCCAAUAAGUCGGACCAGCUGGCCUCCCAGCAGCCCAAACUCGACUCCUUCUGCAGGGAGAACGGCUUCGUCGGCUGGUUCGAGACCUCUGCAAAGGAAAACGCAAACAUUGAGGAGGCGGCUCGCUGCUUGGUGCAGCACAUCCUGAACAACGAGGAGAGCCCGGCGGUAGAACGGGACCCCGGCGCCGCUGUUCUGUCCGCGUACACCAACACCGCCAAGGAUCAUCUCAACUGCUCUUCGUGUACGAAAUGCUGACAGCGGACCAAUCACAGGCAAAGCAGGAAGUCAACGGCUGAACUGAGUCUGACUCGGUUUGAAAAAAAAAGACUGUUUGUAAAAAACAAAUAAAAAAACAAACGCAGCCUCAAUCCAAAGCGAUGAAUGAAGACAAAUGUAAAUUGUAAAAGCCAAUGUUGGUGGACCAACAACAUAUCUGCAUGACAAAAGAUGGAGUUGCACAACCUCUUAAAAUUUUACAUUUAAAAUGUGUAACUUCAAUGUAAGUUAUAGAAUGAUAGGCAUUGCAUUUUCAGACUUACAUGUCAAACUUUCAUAUUUCACAACUUUCCCACAGAUGAUUUUUUGCGUUCACAUGUUUGGCAUGUGUGCAUGUUGACAUACAUUUGCUCGUUUGACAUUCGGCUGCGCGGACAGCUCUCAAGCUUUGUUUUUCAGCCGGAACACGAGCAUAGAAACAUUUGGCCUUCUUGCAUUCUUUGCACUUUAGCUUAGCUUACUUACUUACUAUCGUGCGGCCCGUUGUUAGAUUAGGGGACAAGAAUGAGUAAAGGAAGACUUUAAGGGAUAUGACAAAAAGCUAGAGAUGCGUAUUCUUAAAACUGUCUGAAUGUCCAACAGCAUCAGACAGCAUCUCUAUUAUCCUUUUGAAAUUUUUGUUGUGAUCGAGCCAAUUUAAAAUGUAAUCGCACCGGUGGUUGGUUAAUAAGACUGUGAUUGAUAUCAAUAAAAUUCUGUACACAAAAAACCAACGUG